AUGAGCUUUGGCUUUAGUAUUGGUGACUUUUUGACGGUCUUCGAGCAUGCCAAUAAGCUUCGAAAACGGUUUAUUAAUGCGCCGGCGCAAUUCGAUGCGCUAUCCGAGCAAGUUCGAAACCUCUCCAUUGUGGUUCAUGACGAAGAUCUUGCCUUAACGAAUGCGGUCCUCGACAACCAGCUAAAGGCGGACGUGAGAAAGAUAACAACUAGCUGUGGAGACGUCCUCGCAGAAAUUGAAAGAACACUUCAGCGAUAUGACGAGUUAGAGACCGGCCAUGGUGUCAAGAAGGCUUGGAAACGGUUGAGAUGGGAUCAGGAUGAAAUUCGUGAACUUCAGGAUCGAGUUUGCUGCAACAUCAACCUCAUCAAGGGGAUAAACGGCCGCCUCACUCGCGACAACGUUGUGGAACUGCUGGAACACCAGAAAGACGAGCAGCAUCAGGCUUGCCUGGACUGGUUGUCGUCUACGGGUUACGCAGAAGUGCAAAGUGAGUAUGUGAGUCAACGGCAACCCGGGACUGGCGAGUGGCUUCUUGAGUCUUCCAACUUUCAGGACUGGGUAUCAAAGCCUGGAGCGACUUUAUUCUGUCCAGGAAUUCCUGGGGCCGGCAAAUCGAUUCUGGCUUCCGUCGUCAUUGAAGAGCUGAACACUCGCUACGAGUUUGAUUCGACCGUUGGGAUUGCCUAUUUCUUCUGCAGCUUCCAGACUAAUGAUGAUCAGAGCCAAAAGAUAGAGAGUCUACUCGCUUGUUUUCUCCGUCAGAUAGCCCAGAGUCUGCCACAAAUACCUGAAAGUCUCAAAGUCCUGUUCCAGAAGCACAGGGGCCGAGGGUCGCGACCGUCACUGGAUGAAUAUUUUUCAAGCUUAAGGUCUACUCUGAAGCAUUUAUCGCGGACUUUCAUCGUCAUCGAUGCACUGGAUGAAUGCCACUUUUCAACGAUAGCGCGUCUCUUGGAUAUGAUAUUAGAGCUUCAGGCUCCGGGCAACCUCAACCUUCUGGCAACUUCGAGAUUGAUUCCUGAGAUAACUGCCAGGUUCAAGAAUAAGCCAACCUGUGAAAUUCGUGCUGCAACACCGGAUGUCAUGGAAUACCUCUGGGGUAAUUUGGGCAUGCUGCCUUCGUUUGUAUCACGGGAUCCGCAAUUGCAAGAAGAUAUUGUUCGCAAGAUCACCGAUGCCGCUGAUGGAAUGUUCCUCCUCGCACGGUUGAUGCUAGAAUCCUUACAACACAAGUCCUCACCUAGAAAGAUGAAACAAGAACUCAACGGCUUGACAAGUGUUGCCAGUCACUAUGAUAUUGCCUACGACACUGCGUACGAUAAGGCCAUGGAGCGAAUUCAGGGCCAGGUCCGUGACCAGCGAAAGCUAGCCGAAGAGGCGUUAUCUUGGAUAGCCUGUGCAAAAAGACCCCUCACAGCCCUGGAGUUGCAAACCGCUCUAGCUGUGGAGCUUGGGGAGUCAAUGUUCUACGAGGACAAUGUACCUGAUCUGGAAGACAUUAUAUCUGCAUGUGCGGGUCUGGUCACGACUGUAGCACGUGCUUCGGGCGACGUGAUCAGGUUGGUUCACGCCACAGCAAAGGAGUAUUUCGAGAGGAAAUGGACAGUUUGGUUUCCAGAUGCACACUGCAGAAUUUCCACGACAUGCGUCACAUAUCUGUCUUUUGAUGUCUUUGAGGAAGGCAUCUGUUCUAACCAGACCGAUUUCGAAGCACGGCUCCACAAAUACCCUCUGUACGCAUAUGCUAGUAUGAAUUGGGGGCACCAUGCUCGCAGUCAACCGAUAGAUGAGAGUCUGAUGAUUGAGUUUCUGAGCAACAGACUCAAAGUCGAUGCUAGUGUCCAGGUGCUCUUUUAUCUUGGGGGGUACUUCACGCAUAGUGGGUACAACCGCAACGAGCCUCCGGGGUUCACGGGAUUACAUCUAGCUGCAUACUUUGGGCUACUGAGUGUGGUUAGCUGUCUACUCACAAGAAGCCCCGAUCUUGUGUCAACCAGGGACUCGAUGGGCCGGGUCCCCCAAGCUUGGGCAGCUUACAACGGCCAUACCAAAUUGAUGGAGGUUUUCAUGAAUUACGGGCUUGAUGCAAAACUCAAAGAUGGGGCUGGUCGGACACUAAUGUCCCUGGCAGCUUCGAUGGGCCAUUCUGAUGUUGUGAACUACUUUUUGGAGCAGCAAGUCGACCCAAACAUUAGAGACGCCGAUAACCGAACUCCUCUCUCGUGGGCAGCUUACCGAGGUCACCUUGAAAUUGUCAAAUCCUUGCUUGAGAAGGGAGCAGAUCCUGAGGCCAGAGAUGAGUAUGGCAGAACGCCUCUUCUAUGGGCGAGCUAUGAAGGCUGGGUCGAGGUAGUCAAGCUCCUCCGGGAAAAAGACGUGGACAUCGAGGCCAGUGACAGACUUGGUCGAACUGCGCUCUCCUGGGCCUCAGAAAACGGACAUGUAGUCGUGGUGAAGCUGCUGCUGGAAAAAGGAGCCCGACUUGACUCGAAAAACGCAGAAGGCCGUACGCCUCUGUCCUGGGCUAUACAAAGCCAGCAAGAACCAAUCUGUUCGCUUCUCACACCAUCGCAGCAGACUAGAGAUGCAGCUUCUCAGUCUUUCAAUCUCGAUACAAAUGCUUCAGGUCAAGUACCUCCCGAUAUCUCUGGCUCACUGGGCGCAAAAAUCAAUCAAGUCCCAGCCGCAAAGCCCACCGAGGUCGAUCAACCCAAUUUUGAUGAUGGACGAUGCUUUCAGUGUCCAUUGUGUAACCGCUCUUCCCUGACGUCAAACAAGCAUGUUCUCCAAAGACAUGUGAGGGAUCUACACUUUCCUCGAUUCAGAUUGGUCUGUCCAGAGCCCAAUUGCCCCAGAUCAUUCCAAAGGAAAGAUAAAUUCCUGAUUCAUAUGAAGGAUCAACACCAGAAAGAUAUCCAGGCAGAGGAAAUAAAUGCAUGUCAAAGAGAGGAGCCACUUCCGGAGGGCUGCGUUAUCUGCGAAAAGCAGGUUACUUCCUGGGAAAUUUUCUAUACGUGUAUUGAGACACAUAUUCAGGCACACUUUGUCACUUAAGAAAGUCCAUAGAAGGAUUAUUGGACAUAAAUUUGAUACCGGGACAUUGCGUGGUGAGCCUCUAGCAAACGAUCUGACAUUGUUACUCG